AUGGCAACCACUAGUGAGGAUUCUACUCACCCACAAGCUCCACCCCUAUCACCAGCUCCAGCUCUACCUCAACACCAGUCACAGCAGCAAUCCUCCACUCUCCCUCAGUAUCCAGAGAUGAUUAUGGCAGCUAUUGAGGCAUUGAACGAGAAAGAAGGGUCAAACAAGACAUCAAUUUCGAAAGAAAUUGAGUCAACACACCCCGAUCUGCCACCAGCACACAGCACACUACUCUCUCACCACCUGAACAAGAUGAAGCAGAGUGGUCAGCUUGUCUUGGUCAAGAACAACUACAUGAAGCCUGAUCCUAACGCGCCUCCAAAGAGAGGCAGAGGUCGCCCUCCCAAGCCUAAGCUUCCAACCCCAGCUGGAGUUGUUGCUGGAUCUCCCAGACCACGUGGCCGCCCUCCCAAAGCAAGGGAUCCUUUUGCGCCUGUGGCCUCUCCGAAAAAGAAGUCGGCAAGUCCUGGAAGUGGGAGGCCACGUGGUCGUCCACCUAAGAACGCUGGUACGGCGGUUCCCGCUGCGAGUCCAGCUGCUGCUCAGCCCAGUGGCGCACCGAGAGGAGGGGAAGGCCGCCUAAGGUUAAGCCGGCUGUGGCCCCCGUCGCUGGUUGAGUGGAGUUAG